AUGGCCGCUGCCAUCGCCAGCGGACUCAUCCGGCAAAAGAGGCAAGCGCGGGAGCAGCAUUUGGACCGGCCCUCUACGAACCGGCGUCGGAAGAGUCCCAACAAGAACAAGGGGCUGUGCAACAGCAACCUGGUGGACAUCUUCUCCAAAGUGCGCAUCUUUGGCCUCAGGAAGCGCAGGCUACGGAGACAAGAUCCCCAGCUCAAGGGUAUAGUGACCAGGUUAUAUUGCAGACAGGGCUACUACUUGCAAAUGAAUCCCGAUGGCUCUCUCGAUGGCACCAAGGAUGACAACAGUAAUUCCUCUUUGUUCAACCUCAUUCCCGUGGGCCUCCGAGUCGUCGCCAUCCAGUCUGUGAAGACGGGCUUAUACAUCGCCAUGAACGGGGAGGGUCAUCUCUACACAUCAGAGCUCUUCACGGCAGAGUGCAAAUUCAAAGAGUCGGUGUUCGAGAACUACUACGUCAUCUACUCGUCCAUGUUAUACCGACAGCAGGAGUCAGGUCGGGCCUGGUUCCUCGGUCUUAAUAAGGAGGGUCAAGCCAUGAAGGGGAACCGAGUGAAGAAAACCAAACCAGCCGCUCACUUCCUGCCCAAGCCAUUAGAAGUCGCCAUGUACCGAGAGCCAUCACUGCAUGACGUCGGAGAGACGGUGCCCAAGGUGGCGGUCCCAGCCAGUAAAAGCACAAGUGAGCCUGUGGUAAUGAACGGAGGUAAACCUGUAAGCAAGCCUGACAAACCCGCCACAUAG